GCCCUUUCGACGGGAGACGGGCCGCUGGAUACUUCGGCGGGCGCUGCCUUAUUGGCCUCGGCUCGCUGGGGACCGCGCGCGGUCGAAUGGAGGUUCGACGAGGGCGCGCACAGAAUCGCCUUGCAGCAGGUCGAGCUGGACGGCCUCUCCCUGAUCGCGGGCUCGGUCUACUUGGUCGACGGCGUCGGCCUCGCGGAGCCCAAUCUGACCAUCCUCGGGGAGCUGGGCGAGGCGCUGGCCGCCCAGCAGAGGCCGUUCCUGCUCGGUGGCGACUGGAAUGCCGACGCGGGCGACUUCGCGGAGCUUGCUUGGGUCUCCGACCUCGAGGCGGCGGCCCUGGCGCCCGACCAGCCCACCAUCAACGACAAGCGAUGCGACUUCUUCCUCGCCAGCAAGGCCCCCAUCAAGGGCUUCAAGAUCCCGCGGAAGGACGAAGCCUACGUCUGGGGCGACACCAGCGGCUGGGCCCCUGAGCGGUCUUGGGAGCUCGGCCAGCCCCCGCCCUCCCUGCAGCAAGCGGCGGGGGAGUGGUUCCGAAGGGCCGAGUCUUUCCAUUGCUUGUUGCACUCGGCCCCCGAGGCGCGGCAG